AUGCACACCCUUCUCCAACUACUAUUCUCCCUCCUCUCCCUCCCCCUCAUCCUCACCCAAAACCUCACAUCCACAAACGGCAUCGGCAGCACGCCCGCAGAUCGCCACUACGUAACCGCGUCUCAAGCGCAAACAAUCAUAAACGCCGCCACCACUAACGCCACAGCCAUCUCCAUACCCCAAAACAUUGCCGUUGUGGAUCCUUCCGGUUUACUCGUUGCAUUUCGAAGAAUGGAUAACGCAUACCCAGGCUCUAUCGACAUAUCGAUUAAAAAGGCGCGCACAGCCGUACUAUUCAACGGACUGACCUCCGCCUGGUUAUACGAUCAGAGCCAGCCUGGAGGACCCCUGUACGGGAUCGAGGAGACGAAUGGCGGGCUGGUUGUUUUUGGCGGCGGGGUUCCGAUAUAUCUUGAUGGGUACUUGAUUGGGGGUGUGGGUGUAAGUGGGGGAACGGUGUCGCAGGAUGUGGAGGUCUCGACAGCCGGGGUUAUGGGAUUGGGGGCCACGACGAGUCCGAAUUGA